UCUCCAGUGUGCCGUACACAACUUUGUAUGCCGUAUGAUAUCCCCCUUCGUUUUUUUUUGACUUUCGCCUUUCAUUUUUUAAAAUCUGUUUCGACACACCCCGGGUACACAAACGAUCAAAUAAAUAUAAGUUUAGUUGGCACAAUAUGUAGUUUUGUAUUUGUGUCCUAUAAGAAUUUGAUUUUAGAUUAUCCUUUGUUAUAAUAGGUGUAUAUUGGAUGUAUUUUUUCAAAGAUAUCUUUGUGACUUGA